AGCGAAUCUUAAGGUAUUUUAUGAAUAUUUAACGAACAGUGUUCAUAAUGGCUUACUCUUGGGAUAAUCGAGUUGACUUCGUUGUGCGAUAUAUGUAUGAUAUCGACAACAAUGGAUUCCUGGACCAAAACGACUUCCAAUGCAUGGCAGUGCGAGCUUGCGUUGUGGAAGGAAAGGGAGACUGCAGUGCUGGCCGAUUGGAAGACUACAGAAAGUUAAUGAAGAAUCUGUGGGAUGAGAUUUCUGCCAUUGCUGAUGACGACAAGGAUGGAAAGAUUUCCAACCAAGAAUUCAAGGAUGCCGUGAAAAAGACUUGCGUAGGAAAGAAAUAUGAUGAAUUCCCACAGGCAAUGCGCGCAUUCAUUGAGUCCAACUUUAAACUUCUUGAUAUUGAUAAUGACGGAAUUGUGGGUAUUAAGGAAUACCGCUACAACUGCAUUACAAGGGUGGCUAUUGAUGAUAUUUCACCCGUUGACAAAGCUUUUGAGUCUCUAUUGAAUGAUGAUGACAGGAAGCGUGGUGGACUUUCGCUUGACCGAUACAAAGAGCUUUACGGGCAAUUUUUGGGUAAUACGGCUGAUAAUCAUCCAGCGGUCAAUCUAUUUGGCCCCUUAUAACUUAAUUAUUUAAAAUAUUAUUGUCUUCGCUGUUGUUCAACUACUAUUUUUUUAAGUUUAAUAUGUAAUUACUAUGACUUUAAAUUAACUAGGUUAAAUGCAUUCAUAUCAUUUGUGUAGAAUCGUCAGAUGAACAGUUCGUUAACUUUAAAAUGAUUUUAUAAUUAGAAUAGAUAUUUGCUCUCCGAAGUUAACCUCAGCAUAAAAUGUUGAUUUUCUCUCAGAUGAAAGCUCUUACAAAAUGUUUCUCUCUCCAAACCAAAUCUUGUAACAUUUAUUCAAAUUGUUAUUAUGUUAUGUUUAUUUAGAAAAGGGUUUUGUGUAAAAGCGAAUAAACUAAGCUAAAAGCGAAAAUACACUUUGUCUUCAAAUACUCGUACAAUAAAAUUAUUGUCAAUG